AUGGAGCAGAAAGGAGAGCUCUUUCUCAUGUAUACAUAUGGAAGCGAGACACCAGUGGUGUACAAACUAGUCUCUUCAAAAUGGGAGGAAAUGAGUAGCGCUUUACUUGAUGGCUUGACAAUCUUUGCAAGCCGCUACUGUUCAGAGACUAGAAUGAAUGUUCUGGGAAUGAGAAACAAGGUGUACUUCCCAAAGUAUGACGUACAUAACAAGCAAUGUGUAUCCUACUCUUAUGAUGAAGAAAGGUAUUCUCCGUGUAAGCAAAAAGAACUAGGCUCUGUUGAGAGUCUUUGGAUCGAGCCACCGCCAUGCAAGGACGUUUAG